AUGACUGUUCACUUCUUCGGCGAAUCUCAUCGCACUUUUUUCGGUCAUGUUCAUAUUGUUGUAGGUGGUUUUUCUUUGUUUUUUUUCUUUGUUUAUCUAUAUUAACAUAGGGUUUUAGAUAUUUUUUAUAUUGAAAUGGGUUUUUGAAUGUUUUUAUAUGCCUACAUAGGUUUUUACUUGCUUUUUUCACAUUAAAGUUUAAUUUUUGAAAAUAGAAAAACAGCUAUUUUUGUUUUGAAUUAGAAGUUUUUUUUAAAUUGAACUUGACAUAAAGGCUCUUUUAAAAUGUAGUAGCAACAGUAUUUUUUAAAACUUGGCUUUUCUGGUACCUGUACAACUCAAUUUUUGUUGUUAUAUUCAGAGUUCUUACGGGGUCCGGAGCCGGAGCUAAAAUUUAAAAAAAGGCGGAGCCGGAGCUGGUGCCGGAGCUGAAAAUUUGAAAUUUGGAAACUGCUUAUAGUACUUGUAUGCCUUUUACAGGCUUAUAACUUUAGGAAGAGUAUUGGUAUAGUACUUGUAUUAGGUGCCGACAUAAAGAGCCCGCCAUACGUUUGCUGUAAUUCCCUGUAAAAAAUGGCGGGUUCUUUAUGUCGGCACCUGAUACAAAGCUAAAAGUGUAGUUAUAAUUUCAGUACCAUUAUAAUAUUAGUACUAAUACUCUUCUUUUACUUCCUUCUAUACCAUUUACACUUUCAGAAUGGUGGCAAGCUAGCAGUGAUAGCAGAGUUGAUCUCGUUGAUAGUAGAAACUUACAUUUUCUCUACUUUUAUCGGUUUCGUCGACGCUUUCGGGGUGGCACAGAUCAGUUGGUCCUUGUUUAGUUGUGCUUCAUGUUGUGUCGGCUUUUGUCGACAAAAAUAUCACUUCUUUUGGCCGUUAAUCAUUUUAAAGGUGGGUAUCAUCAUGCUUUAUUGAUUACUUGUUAUUUAUUAGUGGAGUUGUAAUUUUGGUUUGAUGAAGGGGGGGGGGAAGCUUUUAAGAAUAAGUAUAGAAUUUAGUUUUUUUGGCAAAAGGAGGGGUUAGACAUGUAAAGUGACUAGAAGCAGGGCCGGGCGCUAAGGGGCGGGGAGUGGAGAAGGGGGGGCCAAAAAAAUUUUCGUAAAAAGUUGAAAGUAGUCCAUUUUGUGGAUUUUUGGAAAUAAUUUUUUUGGCCCCCACCCCCAGACCAAAAGUCUCCGCCCGGCCCUGGUUAAAGGGCCUUGGUUUGAUGGGCCCGGAUUUACCGGUUUGAUCCUAUUUAAAUAAGCUUGAACACGGCCGUCAAAAAUUUCGCUGCGGGGACUAAGCUGAGACUCUAGGGCCUUCAUUUGGUCUUGGCUCCUCAAUUCUGCACGAUUCGGCUAGGCACUUUUCAAAUUCGUUUAAACUUGGCUCGGCCAAGGCUAGUGAGCUCGUUUUUACAAUUUGUUAGGACUGGGUCAAAUCUAUUGUUUACCUUUUGAAAAUAUUACAGAACUUUCUCUAUAUAAGCAACCCGAAAGGACCGACAUUUUUUGUUCACUAUAAGGGGUGUUGUUUUUACAGAGAGGCUUUUUAGUACAAAUUGGCUUAGCGGGACUAAAAUUUUUGUUUACUAUAAGGAGAGUUGUUUAAACAGAUAGUUCACUAUAUAGAGAAACCACUGUACUAUACAAGAGGAACCAUUUUAGAUUUUCUUUCUUUUCUUACUUUUAUGACACUUUUAUACUUUUAUGAAUGAUUACUAUUAUCUAGAAUAUUUUUCAGAUAGUAGAAGUUGUGACCUGUUUAGCAUGGAUAACAUUUGUAUUUUGUGCCAUGUUCCUUGGCAAAAUGGGUUUAAGCGCUUUAAAGUUUAUAAUCUUAUGGAAAUUUAUACGGGUUGAAGGUAGGCUUUACAUGAUUUUUAUAUUACAGUCUUGGCAUUUGAAAUUGCUUAUCUUAGUAAUAGUUAUAUAUUGCUCUGCAUAAUAUACAAGUUUAUGAAAAAUAAUUUUUCAGCGACACACCUGAUAUCAUUUGUACUAUUCUUCUUUGUAACAACAGUAAUAUUCCUGUUUACUCAUGUGGCGAUACUUGAUGUAAUCUUCCGAGUACAACGGUAUUAUCGCUACCGUGCUAUGGCCAUCUACCAAGCAGAACGACAGGAAAUUAUGAGGAAUUUCUUGCCUGAUAACAAUGUUGUUAUGAAUGGAUUUUAA